CGCAACAUUAAAGCCUCGUUGACCAUCGUGACCAUCCGCCCCAUGCUACCUGUGCUGUAGAUAUCAAGACUCGCAAGCUACCGAACACGGGUCUACCUAUGGUCAAGAUGUCUCUACGAAGCAGAGACGCUGCUCAACUCCUCCACCAAUUCCUCUCGUUCUCCCAGUCUCCAGCCAAUGUCCGACACACAGUGUGCAUGCAAUGCCGCAUCCACGUCCACGUCCGCGGCCCGACUCUUCGCUUCCCAGCUCCUGCUCGUCAAAUGAGCACGACCUCAGCGCUCCUCAAAAAGUCAUCCUCAUCCUCCAAAUCAUCCCGUAAAUCUCCGGAGGUAACUUCACCCAAGAACCGCGACACCCACAUCCCCGACAAUGCUGCGACGCGGAAUCGCGACCGCGAGAUCGACCCGUACGACUUCACCGAACUGAACGCAGGCAUCGCCAAGGCCAUCGCACGCCUGAAAGAUGCACUGGUCAAGACGCGUGACGCCGGGCGGAUCACGCCGGAAAUGAUCGAGUCGUUCCCUGUCGAACUCAAUGUCAAAGGCGCAGCGGCGCAUGGAAGCAAACCGCACCAUGAGCGGCAGAGACUCGGCGACAUUGCCAGCGUGGUGCAGAAGGGCGGGCGGAUGGUCCAGGUUUAUUGCUCUGAGGAGGCGCAUGUCAAGCCUAUAUCCUCGGCGAUUCAAGCCUCUCAGCACAGCCUCGUGCCGCAGCACGACACGAGUAAUCCGCUACUGAUCAACGUCCCUGUGCCCCCGGCGACGGCGGAGACGCGGCAACAAGCGAAAGAGGAGGCGAAGAAAGUGUACGACCGGGCGAGCCAGGAAGUGCGCAACGUGAGGGGUGAUGAGCAGAAGAGAUUCCGCAAGAUGGAGUUGGGUAAGAUGGUGGUGGUGGAUGAACUGAGAAAGGCACACAAACAGAUGGAGGAUGUGGUCAAGAAGGGCCAGGACGAGUGUAAAAAGAUCUACGAGGCGGCUGUUAAGGCUUUGGGUUAGAUGGCUGGUGGAGGAAGACGUGCCUGUUGUGGACGUGACAUAAAAAUCGACGGCGUGAGGAUUUGUAUCACCAGGAGAACAAGGUAUAGCAUUAGGGAAAAGUGCUGCAUGAGAAGUUUAGGAAAAGUCUUGGUAGGUAUCGCACGUAGCAUCGUGAUCGAGGUGGAAGUGUCCUUCUGAUCGCGAAUCGACAUGGCUGACAACGUACGGUACGAGGCUACACCGGGCAUGCCACGAACUCUUUCGACUUCAGAUGGCCAUUUCUGUCGACGUCUUUCGUUUGUCACCUCCUUCUCACUACUCGUCGUCAUCUGCCUCGCCC